UCUAUGCCAUGGCGCAUAAAUUUUUGGUCCAAGUAGCUAUGGAUAUAUAGAGAGAGAUACAUAGAAAAAGUGGUAGAGAAAGUUGAGAUGGGGCUGCAGCAGUCGAAGAACGUGGAGGCGGUCGAGGCCGUGGCGCGCUGCCGGGAGCGCAAGCAGUUCAUGGGCGCGGCCGUGGCGGCGCGCAACGCCUUCGCGGCGGCGCACUCCGCCUACUCUGUCGCCCUCAAGAACACCGGCGCCGCGCUCUCCAACUACGCCCACCACGACCACGACCACGACCACGUCCACGACCACGACGUCCUCCUCCCCCGCCGCGAUACCUCCGGUGUCGGUGCCGCCACCGCCACUGUUGCAUCGACCUCUGCACUGUCGGCACCGUUGCCGUCGUUCGCGGCGAUGGCGCUGCCGACGGAGACUGUCCUCCCCCCUCCCCCGCCGCUCCCCGACGUGCCCGCGCCGCUGCAGCGCGCCGCCACCAUGCCGGGUAUCCCGAUCACGCCGCCCAGGAAGAAGGAGAAGGAGAAGGAGAAGGAGGCGAUCGCAGCCGACGCCGCCAUUGGCAAGGAAGAAUGUGAUGAUCACGAUGUCGAGGACGACGACGACGACGACGAGGGGGUCGAACAUUCGGAACGCCGCAAUUAUGAGACUGUUGGACUGCGAACCGAACUUGAGGAGAUGUUUCUUGUGCCAACGGAGACGGCGUGCGACGUCUCUGUCUUACUGCAGCCGCCGCCUCCACUGCCGCUGCUUCUGCGGCCUCAGAUGAAAACAGCUGCGGCGGCGGCAGCGGCGGCGGUGCCGAUGGCACAGGCCAAGGGAAUGGAGACGUGGGACUACAUUCUCGGCUCGCAGAAUUCAAAUCCGCUUCCCGCCCCGUCCCAGCCCGAGCCCACAUGGCCUGACAGCCAUGGGGACCUCAAAGACAAAUCUCCCAGCAGACCACUGCCUUCGCCCGGGAUGCAACCGCCGCUCAUGCUAGAAAAGGCGACCACAGAAUCGCUCCGGCCGAAAAAGUCGGAGCAGAUCAUCGCGAGAACUGAGAAGGGGAAGAAUAUAGUGUCAGCGACCGCAACGGCGACAGCGACGACGACGACGACAGCGGUGGCAGCGGCAGUGCAGGUUUUGAUGAAGGUGGAUGACUACUUCCUCCAGGCGUCGUUGGGCGCCCAUGGCGUGUCGACGAUGCUGGAGGCAACAAGGAUGCAUUACCACUCCAACUUUGUAGAUAGCCGAGGACACAUUGAUCAUUCUGCGAUAAUCAUGCGAGUCAUUACAUGGAAUCGGUCGUUUAAAGGUUUACCUCAGCAAGAUGAUGCUCGUGACAAUUUCGAUACCGAAGAGUUGGAAACUCAUGCAACGGUUCACGAUAAAAUGCUAGCAUGGGAGAAGAAACUGUACGAUGAGGCGAAGGAAGGCGAGCUUAUGAAAAUCGAGUAUCACAGGAAGGCGGCUUUGUUGAAUCAGCAACGAAAGCGCGGUGUUCGACCCGAAGUACUGGAGAGGUCUAAAUUUGCUGUUGUGUACAUGCAAACAAGGUGCUCAGUCGACAGGGAAUCGAUGAAUUCGACAGUUGCGGAAAUUAUUCGGCUGCGUGAUCAUCAGCUUUACCCAAAACUGGUUGAUCUUGUUGAAGGGAUGGUGAAAAUGUGGGAAGUAAUGUUCGAGCAUCACCGGAGCCAGCUGCGGGCCAUCACAGAGUGCAGGGCUUUCGAUUUCGCUCUCGCGCCGCGAGAGACGAGCGAGCAGCAUCGCCAGCGGACGGCACAGCUGAGGGACAGCGCGAGAGAAUGGCAUUCGAGCUUCGAGGGGCUCUUCACUCACCAGAAAGACUACAUCAGAUCACUCAACAGUUGGUUGAGUCUGAACCUCGUGCCGAUCGAGAACGGCAGAAAGGAGAAGGAUUCAUCUCUUUCGCGGGAAGCCGAUCCCCCUAUCAAGAUUCUUCUGCAGGCGUGGCAUCAGUAUCUCGACGUGCUUCCGCAUGAUCUCGCGAAGAAUGCCAUGCAUGGCUUUGCCGAAGUCAUGUCUGCGCUGCUGGCACUUCAGGAUGAUGAGCUGAAACUGAAGAGUGAAUGCGAGGAUGCGCGAAAGGAUCUCGAGAGGAAGAGGUGGCAAUUCGAGGAUUGGCACCGCAAGCACGCAGAGAGGAGGGGGGCUCUACCUGCACUGGAGGGUGCUGAAAGCGCGAAUCAAGCUACUGCUGCAGUUGAAAGAAGGAUAAUGGUGGAGGCUGCGGAAAUGAAGUUAAAGGAAGCUGAGGAAAACCACAAGAAGCAUUGCAAGCAGGUGAGGGAGAGGUCGAUCGGCAGCCUCCGAACGCAUCUGCCGGAGCUCUUCCGCGCGAUGUCAGAUUUCGCGUUCGCCUCCUGUCAGAUGUAUAAGAGGCUGUGGUCCAUCACGCAGUUCAAAGGCCAAGGUGGGGGAUGAUUGAUCGCGUUCUGUUGUGUCUUUUUGUUGUGCAGCAUCGUUUUUCUUUCGUCAUUUGUCGAUAAAUUUUGAUCAUUUUUCUUUUAUGUUCAGUUCUCUUGAUUGUGUUGGUGCAUAGUGCUCUGAUAGAUCCUCAUUGAACAGAUACUUGUCAAAUAGUGAAUUGUAAGUUCCAAAAUGGGCUGUAAAUAAAUC